AUGUUUCAUUUUAAAUGAAUAUCUUUCAUUUUACCAGUUUAUGUUGAUAUCUUGCUGGACGUACUUAUCCUUUAUUUUGUAAUCAAACGAGAUCGUAUUGGCAUACUAAUCUUUGCAUGGUUCAAACUCGCUUGGCUUAUUGGAUUUAUUGCUGUGGUGUCUUUAGCGAUCGCUUUUUAUCAUGAAAUAAUAAAAACCGGCCGUAAUGGCAAUACUGGUGUAUCAACAAGUUCAAGCCUGAUUGAAAUAGCGACGUCCAUUGUUAACUUCAUUGCUUUCGUUGUUGGGGUGGUCAAAAUCAUUUUUAUGUUUAAAUUAUCCAAAUUAUUGAAAAGACAAAAUCAUCAAGAUAUGCAUGAAGAACCUCCAAAAGUUUAA